AUGUCUAAUGAUCCAUCGAUGAACACAGCAUUGCUGAACUUCUGCACAUCAGUUGGUAAUGGUCCAAAAGAGAAAACUGAGGUGCCUAAACGAAGUGCCGAAGAGAUGCAGUGGCUUAAAGAGGCAUUGGAGUCUGUUGAAGCACCAGAACGUAAGAUUCAACAAAGCUUGGCCCUUUUGACUCGUGAAGAUGUCAGUGAGUCAGAGUGUCUCACGGCAUUGGAGGAAAUGAGUGAUUUGGUAGAAGAUAUUAGUUGGGCCAUUGAAUUUUCUCUCAUGUCUGGGCAUCGCAUCAUAUUGGACUUCUUGGUUAAGAAUAAAUUGGCUACAGAGAGUGAGCAAGUCCGUCAGGCAGCAGCGAUGGUAAUUGCACACGCCGCUCAGUUAAACGAAGCUGUGCAGAAGUGUUUUGAGGAAGCUCAAUGGCAAGAUGUUCUCUUACCUUUAUUGAAAAAGGAAGAAUCUCCUGCUGUGGUGGCUGCUCUAUUACACAGUUGCAGUUGUCUUUGUCGUGAUUAUGCUCCAAAUGCUAUUCUUUUCAAUCGUGCGGGGGGUAUAACGGAUAUCAAUAGACUGUUGGAAAUUUAUGGUGAGGGUGCGUCCCAAAAGAAUACCAAGAUUACUAGACGUCUGUUGUUUCUUGUGGCUUACCUUGCAGAGGUGGUGGAAAUUGAUACAAAUGAACUUAUUCCUCUAGUGUGUCGACAGACCACAAGUAAUGAUGAUGAUGUUCAAACUGCUGCUGCUCGAUGUCUCUGUGUGUUUGCUAAUAAACACAUCGCGGCGGUGAGGGUGGCGCUGCAUGAGGUAGCUCCUAAUACUAUCUCGCGCUGGAGAAGCAGUAUCUUGGAUGAGGACGACAGCAGACAACAACUUUUGAAUGAAUUGGACAGGGAAGGUCACGAAGGUUAA